AUGGGCCAUGUCUUUCACAUGAUCUCUUACGUGGACUGCGACGUGGACUGCGACAUGGACUCUUACAUGCCUGGAGGUGGGGGUAUGCUGACCACAGACAUAGAGGCCAGUAGAUGGUUUCAAGUGACCUUCAGCAACUUGAAACUGAAGCUCUCAGAUGACGUCUUCUCCCCGAAGGCCGUGGCGAUCUACGCAAACCCUGCACCGCUAGCCCAUAUAGGCUUUGGUAAAAGGAGUGAAAGCCGUUUUCGCAUGGUAGCGGAGCUGGUUCCGGGCCGAGCGGCCGCUGGUGGUGAAAGAGAAGAGGAGGCCAGCCGCGUGAGUAGCGGCGACCACAGCCCGUCACUACGGGCAAGCCAGAAAGGCAAGGGCCGAAGGAGUCCGGGUGAGACCCGGUGGCGAUCAGCAGCUGCAGUCGAGCGGCGUGCUGAGAGAGGUGCUCUCAGAAGAGCCGAGGCGCUACUGCAAGCUCCAGCCCCGAGGCCUGGACAGCCAGUGGACGCACCAGCAGCAGAAAGGUUGAGCUACGUUGAGGGGCUUCGGUUGCAGUCAGCACCGCAGCUUGGAGACCCCGACUUCGUGGACCACAGAAACCCAGUGCGAGGAGGAAUUCCUGCGCACAGUGCAGCGUCAACAGCGGCGCAAAGAGGGUUCAAUCGCUUUGCAAGGCGAUACCCGCACCUGGCAGAGCAGGUGAGACGCAACCCAGGGAGGUCGUCAAGAAACUCCUACGCAAGGGAGACAGGAGGACGUCGAGUAGCUCACGGACUACUUGGCGAAGGGCUUGAGUCAGUGGACGAGAACGCUACGCAGACAGCAUCCGAGGAGGUUCUGGAAAGAAUCAGGCAGGACCUGAGAAGUGAGACCGACGAGGACGAGACAGUCUUCGUUGACGGCGUCCUCGAAGAGGACGGCAGCAGCAGCUCUUCGGCGCCCACGCAGGUCACCAGGACCGUGGGUGGAAGGGCAGUGACAAGACUCCCGGAGGAUCGAGACACCGUGAUCCCCGAGGACAACCAGACUGAGUUCUCAGAAGCAACACUGACUCACGCACCAACAAGCGUGUGGUACAGCGUAGACGAAGAAGAAGAAGCAGAGGAGGCCGCAGAGCAGGCCACAGAAGAAAACGAGCAGCAAGAGGCUGCUGAGGGCGACUCAGGUGAAGUUGGGCAGGAGCAGUACGAAGAUAACUACUCUUCGUCCAGCUACAGUACCGGGUCGUACAGUACGUCAAGGGCGAGCUCUUCGAACUGGUCUCACGGAAGGGAUCAUUGGGAGCGCUACGAGCCCUACCACGCGAACUACAGGUUCCAGCACAACGAGUGGCGCAACUGGGCCGACUGGGGAGCUUACGAUACGGUUAUCACCGAGGCUGGUAAACAGGCGGGUAACACCGUGCUGUACAUAGCUGAGUGCAGAUAG